GCUUUCAAUAUCUUAUUAAAUACAGUGGUUGAGAAUUCCUAUUUUGACAACCAAAAAGGCUGUUAAGCAAUGUAGCUGUUAUUUGUGGGGCUUUUCAAGUAGAAUACUGGCCAAGUGCAUUUUGCCAAUUAAAGACAUUCGAAUUCUUUAAAGGAUAUUUCACAUUCCUGAAGCAUCAGCCCAAAACACUUGAAAGUUGAGAUUGUUUUGUCACCCAUCCGCAGGAACUUUGUACAAUGCCCUUCUUUUUGUGUUGGUGUUGAGUCGUGUAUGCAGAUAAAGUAUCUUCUUGCUAUAAUCCUCCCCUUUAAUAAGACAAUCAUCUCCUUUUUAAAUAAGAUUGCCUGCCAUAAUGUACUCUGUACUGCCUGGAAGCCAAGCAGCUGCAAUUACUGAAGGUAGUAUUGAGAGUUUUUGCUUUGAUAAGACGCAGGUUCACAUCAGGUAUAGCUACCAGAACCCUGACCUGUGAAGUCUUAUCUGCUUGCACCUUUGCUUACAGUUGAUAUUGAUAAUAUAGAUGUUCAAUGAUGUCUACUGUUAUUCAAAUACCUUGCUUGCUUGCACUCUUGCUUAUAGUUGAUAUAUAUAUUUAGUUGAAUGGAGAUGAUUGAGGGAAAUAGAUAAAGCACUCUAUUCGCAUGCUACCCAUUUUUAUAGUUUACUGUGCCCCGUUCUUUUGCUGUAAAAUUUUUCUACGGUAUGUAAGGACGAUUUCGAAAUAUCAAGAACAGUGAAAGAGAAUGUUUUUAAAAAGAUAUUAAUCCAAAGAACAGAGCUGUCUAUUACAGCUCUCUUUAAACCAGCUCUGCCCUUACCCAAAAUCGAGGUGACACCCAGAUGUUCGACAAUUGUGGUUUCAUGGAGAUUUUUGAAAGUUAAAAAGCAGAGAGGUAUCAAGGGUACUUUAAGGAGAAAGUUUACUUGUAGAGAUUGUAGAUGUAUUAGGGAGUUGUAUUGGAGAAGAAAGCUAUUUAAAAACAUGAUUACCACUUUGAAGCAUUUGUAAGACAGGGAUGCUUUGACUUUUAUGCAUUUCAAAGCAGCCAUAGAAUACAUCUUAGCUUAAUAAACAUCUGCCGGAUGAUUAAAAGUCGAAGAAAAAAGAUUUGACAGGUGUCCUGUUUAAAUAUAUUCCAGCUCGUUUACCUUUAAAUUGAAUUAGCGUGGUGUCCAGCUUUAAUUCCCACUAUUGCUUUCAAUAAAGCAUCGGAAGUAUUCCUUGAUGGCGAGUCUUCAAUGUAAAUGAAUGCAGACGGUUUUGUCAAUCUCUUGUGUAUGGGUUUAAUUGCUCCAGGUAUCAAGCGGCAGGUUCUUAAUGCGGAGAAAUGGUGCUUCAUCACAGUUUCUAAUUAAUAGGUGCAGUAAAGCUGUUUGUGAAUCCUUGCAGUUUAUUCACAAGAUGUGAUUGGCAUUAUGAACAAAGGAUUGUAGAUCUAUAUCAUUUAGCCAGCUCUUCAAGACUUGACAAUAGUUCUUAAGGCACGCUUGUAUGCCUUUUGAAGAACUGCUUCUCAUUUGUCAAAAAUCUUAUAGAGUAGCAUCGUUUACAGGAAACUGAAGUGGUCGUCUAGAUUCGCUGUGUUGCUCCGACCAGACGUUCUACGUCACUAUACAUAACUUUCUUGUGCAGAUUUCACAAAUAAUUAUAUUGCGUGAAAGCUUAAGGUGCAUGCACCGUAUUGUUAUACAGCACUGUGAAAGUGCAGAAACAGAUGGUGUUCCAACAUCAGUUACCAGUGUGUAGUUGAUGUUAGCUUCGUAGAACGUUCGCCGCUUGAACUGUUUUUUUAGUAUCUUCAUACGAGGCUCGGACGCUAGAGCAUCGGGGAAGUGGUCAGUAACAGUUUGCUGUUGACGUCCUGUUGUUCAGUUAUCAGAACCUACGUCAGGUAUUUCAAAUUGCGAGCAAAAGGAUUUAUUUAGCUUCUGCAAUCACAAGUUUUCCCAAGCAAAAGUAAACAACGAAGUUUACUUGCAUGGGUUGACACUGGUAUCGUCAAAUUUUGCAUUUCUUGUUUAUUUGAUCUGGUUAUGCCAUGGUUUUGCGAAGUUUAUAACGUUGGCGGGUUUUGAUGCAUUCGUGUAAACGUUUGCUGGUUAUCGAUGAAAGCUGUUUGUUUGAACACAGGAAAGGUCGAGAAAGCCUGUGCCGGGAUCUUGUGUAGCUUGAUCAGCGUGUUGUGGAUAAGAUGAAAUAGCUGCGGAGAAUAACUUACAAAGAAAAGUUGCUCGCUUCAAAAGAGGCAAGAUUUCUCUUCACAGCGAGUUGAUUGAAAUUGGCCUUGUACAACCAAAUUGAAACUACUGAGAAGCAUCUUUGUAAUUCGCAAAUUAGUCAUAAGAUUAUUCAAAAUGACAAUGAUUUGGUCAUGAAUUUUUAAAUCGAUCCAGAGCUAGAAUCUGUGAGUUCUUGGCAAUGAUUCGCUGCUUAACAUGCAUUAUAUUUAUCUGAUUUGAUGCCUUUGGGCUAACUGUUAUGUAAUCAUCGAUAAAAGACAUAACAGUGAAUUUUCGGCUAAUGAACGUUGGUUCUUUUAUUUCAAACGAAGAGUUGAUCAAGAUCGUUACUGUUUUUGUGUAUAGCGAAAUUUGCCUGCAUUUGAACUGAUUUUGGUUAAGUUGAUUCAACGAACCAAGUAGGAUUAAUGUCUAUAUGCAGUUGUUCUUGAGCCGCCGUUGAAUUAUUAGAAGCUAGCAAGACGUUUUCAAGCGUAUCAACAACGUUGGAUUCUCCUUUCAUCUUGUUUUUGUUCUUCUAAAAUGCCAUAUUAUUCGCGGAAUGUUCAUUAUAGACUGGCAAAGUAGCAGAAAUGUCGGAGGAAGGUCUCCUGUUCAACGUCAUUGUCUCUGGCAUAAUUUCUAUAUUGGGAACCUUUGGUAAUGCUAGUGUCAUGUAUGUCUUCAUAAAGAUCCCUUCUCUUCGCACAGUUAAUAACAUAUUUGUCAUGCAGCUUGCGGCGAUAGAUUUACUGAAAUCAUCUGUAGUAAUACCAAUAAAAGUGGCAAAUCAUGCCAGAAAGAAGUCGUUUAUGGAUCCCACGGUAUGUCCCAUCGUGGGCAUGCUGCGAGUUAUUUGCUCUUGCCAGUCGGUCCUGCUUCUGGCCGCCAUUGCAAGCGUUCGCUUUUGGAAAGUAGUGCAUCCUCAUAGAUUCCACAUCGUAUUUUCGAGAAAAAGAACUAUUGUUUAUAGCCUUUCACUAGCAACUGGCACAAUGCUAUUGUCUCUUUUGCCAGUUUUUGGUAUUGGCGAAUAUGCCUAUAGCUCGUCACACGGCGCCUGCUUUGUAAACUGGUCAUCGAAGAACAUAGUCUUCAGAAGUAUCUAUUAUUCAAUCAAUGUGGGCAUAACCCUUCCUAUAUUGGUUUAUUGUUACUACAGAAUAUACAGGCUCUUGCGGUCGCAUAGAUCUAGGGCGACGGAGAUACAGGAUAAAUCCAUUGUUGCUCGUGAUCAUAUUCUCGAUUUGUCAAGACCAUCGGUGGGUGACCUUCAAAUUCCUGCAGGACGUGAGCUAUUGAGAACCGAUGCUACAAAAUACAGUCCCAUCCAAACGAGACAUUCACCAGGCCUACGCGAGCGUUUGAAUUCAUCUAGAAGUGAUAAGCUAAAACGAGGCCGUAGCGACUUCGAGGUAGCCGUCACCAAAGUGAUGUUCAUAAUUGUUGUCGUUUACGUUGUGUGCUGGACUCCAGCUUUAGUGACCAAUAUUUUGAAUUUGUCAAAAGUUGUUAAAUUCCCAGCUGAUUUUUUGCUGCUAAUUGUUUGCUUGGUGGACCUUAAAGUCGUUCUCAACCCGUUGAUCUAUUUGCUUAGUCACAAACGGUUUAGGCUGCGUGCAAUCCGAGCCUUUGAGCAGUUGCAUAAAGAUUAGCUCUUGUUUUUACCAUGAUAUGGCAUCAUACAUAGCCGAAAAUUUUUCUUCAAUUAUUCAUACAUGAGAUUGAAGUCAAAUAUGUAAGUUUUUGCAGGAAGAUGCGUCUACCAACGAUAGUAAUAGCGGUAAAAUAAGUUUAGAAACUUCAGUACUUUGCAGAUAGAUACAAGUGGUACAGAGCAUAAGACAGAACGUCUUGUCAGUCACAAGGAGAGUAGUAUCAAACCCAAGCACUUUGUUAAGUUUCAGAGGAUGAACAGUACUUCGAUUUCGCUUUUUUUUAUAUCAUCUUAGGGCUCGGUCUCUUGUAAAACAAUGCCUGCAUACGCUUUCGUAAAUGUGAAAAUAUCUCAUACGCCAGCAGUUUGGUUUUUGCAUCAUUUCACCUACGAUAUACUAGACCCUUUUGAAAACAGGUAUUGCAUUGGCUGUCUAGAAAAUUCACGUAAAUUAUUGUUUUCACACUCGCUGUCUUCAUAUCGACCCUUCAUCUAAUAGCGUUUUAAUACCCGAACAUUUAUAAACAUUUUUUUGGCUCUUCCAAUAAACUCUUUUUAUAAGAAUCCGUAAUUUAAAUUGAAGCUGACUGUUCUUAAUUUUUUCGAAAAUUUGAGGCUGGAUUGUUCUUAAUUGUUCUUAAAUUGAUAGGGUGUAAGCAGUGCAGUUGCUAGGUUUUUGGCUCUAGGGAGGAGCUCAGUUAGUGAGACAACCUUCAUUUUACGACAAGUUUGAAAAUUCACCAAAAAAGCACCCAAACAAGGCUAAUAAUCCUCCUUUUUGAGAUAAAACGUUGCUUAAAAUUUCAGCUUACAGUACCGCAGCCUCAGCUUGUUCUUAAUUUGUUCUUAACUUUCAACCAAUUUUGAGGCUGGUGUUCUUAUUAAAAUUGUUCUUAUAAAAAAGAGUCUACUUGACCAUAGCUUAAUCAAAAUGCGCUUGUAGGCAUAAUUUAUAUUACAUUAUGAUAAAUUUAAAAAGGGUUGGCGUGAUGACAGCUGCAAAGCUAAUGAUAGCCAAUCAUUAACAUAAACGAAUAUGGAAAAUUAACUACAAUCCCCAACAAAAAUAGUCGAGACUUCCACAGAAAAGGCUUUUCCCUUUGAGAAAUAACUGUUCCCUUCACCCGAUUCGACGCUGAAUCGAUUUUUAGAAGCAUAAAUAAUAGAAAUCCUAAUCCAACAUUGAGUCGAGGGGAAAGGGUGAAUUUCUAUCUACGGGGGCAAAUUAAAGUAGAAAUUGCAAACUUGUAUUUGUCUCAACAAUUUUGUCAGGGAUUGUAGAUACUCAUUUUUCAAGUUUUCAAUGCGAAUGGUUUCGUAUUAGCAGGGAGGGUCUUCUUAGAGAGUUGAGAUGGGGUUUGACAUUUAAAAACGUUUUCUUGAAGCAGUAGACGCAGGGUGAGUGGGUUCUGAUUGUUUAUUCUACGAAGCUGAUCAGCUGCAGCCAAUAUCAAAGAGUAAACCUUUAAAUAUAAACAGAUGUCCCCUAUUGUUUGGAAAUCGAUAAUCACUGUUAUCCGUCUGCAAAGCUUAACAUGCAUGAUUCGAUUUCAAAUGCCUUUGCCCGUCGAUGCCGCAAAUCCUUAGCUCUCAGCAGUUUGUUUACGCACCAACAAUGAAUCAGACCUGUAAAAUCCCCUACUCUUGAUUUAUUUCACUAAGCAGUUACGCUGAACAAAUUUCUGAUUAGAAAAUUAGAGCAACUUCUGCUCGUACUUGAAUCAGGAAGCGUUCAGAACAAAGUUGAAAAUAUAAAGGCUUUUCCCAUAAACCAUGUCAUUAUUCUGUUAAGAUUUUGAUUCCAUUGUCAAUGUUUGCUCAUUGUAAACUUUUAUGGCCUUCAAAUUAAGUUAAAGAAAAUCUAUAGUCUGCAAUAUGUAGUCCCUUUUUAUAAUAAAGAAAUGUAUGAAAGUGGUCAUCUUUCAUUAGUUUAAUAGUCACUUUUUUCAAUUCCAUUGCUUGUUAGUGUAAUGAUUUAUGCAUGAAAAGUUUCAAAUAUGUAGAUGUUGUUUUUCUUAAAGAAUGUUAUUCCAGGGGCAUUUGUCAUUCGGCUACAGUUUGUUGUUGAUAUCACAAAAUCUUGGACCUUCAACUAACACCAUUCCCGUUUAUACUUAAUUUUUCCUUAACAUUCAUAAAUAUUUGUGUGCAACAUGAAAUGUCGAUUAAGGAGACGUUGGCAGUUUAAAACUUUGAAUUUUCUUUUGAAAAAAGCGGUAGAUGUCGAGAAUAGCUGUUGCCAGAAAGUUUGUCUAACACGAAAAUUUUCUCUCUAACGAACUCGAAAAACGAACUCGCUCCUCCUGAAUCAAUAGUUUGAAAGUCAGAUUAUAAGUUAUUAAAUUGGAAAAAUGAUGUUUAAGAAAUUUUUUGAUUUUAAACAAUUGUGUUCAGUGUUUAAUUAUGUUUGUUGUGUCUUUUAUCGACGCUUUUGGUUUUUUUCGUGUAAACGUCGGCAUUUGGCAUGAAAGCGUUAAAAAAGUAAUUUUUCAAGUCCUAUUCGCCAAGUUCAAGUACCUUUAGAGAUUACAUUGAAACAAUUAAGGAAAUAUGGAUAAGCUGUUUUUUGAUAAUCUUGGUUUCCCAUUCUUGGCACUGUUUACGUGCAUAUUGUGCGAAACGCGCUUUUUGUCAGAGAAAAUGGAAGGGAUAAAGGGAUGGAUUCUGGACCUUCUGGAACUAAAACGAAUGGCGGGAAUUUAGUUGCAUAUAGCAUGUUCAGUGUUAUGUUAAGGUACAAUUCAUUGAGACAGGCGAAUUGGUCUAGGCCAAACAUGGUAUUUUUUAUAUAGUACUAAUGACAAAUUAGAACCGGUGUUAAAUUAAUGCUGCUG